UUUGAGGAGGGGGGCUCCUCCUCGGUGUGCACAGGGGGGAGGAGGGAGGAGGAGGAGGUGGAGGAGGAUGGGCCUCGAACACAGACUUGCAAUGGCACUGCAAAAAUUGGAUUAAAGCAGUAUGCUGGACAAGAGCGAGGUGUCAACUCUAGGCGUACCCUCCACCACCAGCCAUGGAGGUUCUGACAGUAACAUCAGUGCGGAUGGAGCCGGGACAGUGUCUGGGGUCAUGGCCGGGGGUGCUGAGGGUUCAGUGGCUGGCGAGCCGCAGCGGACGCGUGCUGCUCUGGAGCACCUGCAGCAGAAGAUCCUGAAGGUCACCGAGCAGAUUCGCGUGGAGCAGGAGGCCCGCGACGACAACGUUGCCGAGUACCUGAAGUUGGCCCACAACGCAGACAAACAGCAGGCGUCCAGGAUCAAGCAGGUGUUUGAGAAGAAGAACCAGAAGUCAGCGCAGACCAUCGCACAUUUGCACAAAAAAUUGGAGCACUAUCACAAGAAGCUAAAGGAGAUAGAACAGAAUGGACCGGCCCGGCAGCCUAAGGAUGUCCUGCGGGACAUGCAGCAAGGAUUAAAAGACGUAGGGGCGAAUGUUCGUGCUGGGAUAAGUGGUUUUGGAGGUGGAGUAGUUGAAGGGGUCAAAGGUGGAGUGUCUGCCCUCACCCACACUGCCGUGGUCUCCAAGCCGAGAGAGUUUGCCAGUCUUAUCAGGAACAAGUUUGGCAGCGCAGAUAACAUCGCUCACCUAAAGGACACGCUCGAGGACGGAGUCGGGGGCCACUCUGACGACACCCCCACGCCCCGUGCCCUGAGUGGAAGUGCCACACUGGUCUCAAGCCCCAAGUACGGCAGUGACGACGAGUGCUCAAGCGCCACGUCUGGCUCCGGAGCAGGUAGUAACUCUGGUGGUGCCGGAGUAGGAGGAGGAGGGGGGAUGUUAGGGCCAACAAUGGGGAGUCCCAGACUGGACGGGCACCACCACCACCACCAUCAUGUGCAUAGCUCCUGGGACUCUCUACUUGAGGGCCUGCAGGAGAUCAAGGCCAGCCAGGCGCACAUGGAGGACGCUAUCGAGGACAUGAAGGGUCAGCUGCAGAGCGACUACUCCUACAUGUCACAGUGCCUGCAAGAGGAAAGAUACAGGUAUGAACGACUUGAAGAGCAGCUGAAUGACUUAACAGAGCUGCACCAGAAUGAGAUGACCAACCUUAAACAGGAACUUGCCAGCAUGGAGGAAAAAGUGGCGUACCAGUCCUAUGAGAGGGCAAGAGACAUUCAGGAGGCUGUGGAGUCUUGCCUGACCCGCAUCACCAAGCUGGAGCUGCAGCAGCAACAGCAACAGGUGGUCCAGCUGGAGGGGGUGGAGAACGCCAACGCUCGAGCUCUGCUGGGGAAACUCAUCAACGUCAUCCUGGGGCUCAUGGCCGUGCUGCUGGUCUUCGUCUCCACCCUGGCCAACUUCAUCACCCCGCUGAUGAAGACCCGAGCCCGGGUCGCCGCCACCGUCCUGCUGACCUUGCUGCUGUUCAUCCUGUGGAAGCAGUGGGACUUUGUGGAGCCGUGGCUGCUGCCCAGCUGAGCUCCCUGAGAGACUCCAGAGGGACCAGAGCAGAGAAUCAGAAGCUGGAUUCACCACUAAGGAUUCAGACUGAAAUAGAACGAGAGCCACUGCACUUUUUCUAGGCUGGCAGAGGACUACACACGGCACUUUUGCUUGAGGAGCGGACAGGAGCGUUGAGAGGCGUUUACAGAUGACAAAGAACUGAAAUUUCUCUGCUUGCCAAGUGACAAAUGACAUCAUCUCAUCGGUGUUGAUGACCAAUCAUUGAUCGCAUUGCUGUCACCAAAAACUUUCUUGCAAGAAAUCUUUCGGAUCGUCUUUUUCUAAUUAUUUAUGAUACAUGAAUUACAAGGACCAGAGCAACUUAUAAAGACUGUAAAAAUGCUGAUCAUGUUCGCUGUAACCUUCAUGUUGAAGCUAUAAUACAUUUGAGAGGAAAAAGUUUUUUUUUUUCAUGAAUGUUAUGUGCUCAUGCAUGUCCUCAUAUGUGCACUGAGAUGCAUCUAGCUGGCAUGAGUUAACAUUUCAUUAAUGACAAACUGAAUCUUCUAUAACUGCCAUUUUGUUGUCAGAAACACAGUGCAGAUAUGUUCGUUGUAUCUCAACUCGGUGUCAUUCCUGGUUUGUCUCACAAUCUCCUCUGGUGUUGAAGCUGUGACAGUUUUAGACACGUUUUUCUUUCUGUUUUUUUCUUUUUUAAGUCGAAUGAACUCUUUUCAAAAGUUAAAAUUCAUCAUAAUAAUUCAACAAUGUAAAAUUUGUUCUGUCCAUAAAUGCUAUUUCAUAAGCACUAUUGUAGAACUGCUACUACCCACAGUGUCAAAUUAACUGGCAUGUCAAAUUGUAUCAAAGUUUAUAUCCAGUUUGCAAAAAAUAAUUAUUGCUGUUUUAUUAAACAAUGUAAGAAAUAAAUGAUUUCUU